AUGAAAAUGAAUUCCUAAGAAACUAUUGUUUUCGUAGUAGGACUUAGUGGUUAUGUCAUUGCGUAUGAUAUUUCGAACAAAAGCUAGAUUUAUUAAAUUGGCGAAUUUAAUACGCAAUCUAAUUUAAUAAACAAUCUUGUUCUUUCAUCCGAUGAGAAAUGGAUUCUUUUAGGAGAUGAUCUUUUAGGUCUAUCAGUCUUAUCCAUCUAAAAAAACUCUUAAAAUAAUAAUAUAAAUUUUCAACUAGUCGCUUAAUCUUAAAUGUAUUGGAAGACUUACGCUGUUGCUAUCACCAGCGAUAACGGCUAUGUUUAUGGUACAGAUUCUUGGAGUGGUAUUUACAUUUGUGAUUUUUCUUAAAUUUUGAAUGCUACUUAAGAAUAAUAUCCAAUUUCUAUAAAUUACUAAUAUUAUUGGCCUUUUGACUAUAUAUAUGUAACUUAUGAUCUGAUUUUAUCGAUGGACAAUAACUAUCUGUUUGUAGGAAUGCGUUCUCUAGGAAUAUGCAUAUUUAAUAUUAAGAAUAGAUUAUAACCUCAACUGUUUGAAUUGAUUCCAGUAGAAGGGCUAGCUUUAUCAAUAGCUCUUUCUUUUGAUGAGAGAUUUCUCUAUUAUGCGAAUGCUAAAAGUAUUUAUAUAUUUUAGCAAACUGUCCCAAAUUUAAAUAAUGAAUACCCAAAUCUCUUUAAUACUCAUCAAGCUAAAUCUUAGAAUAACAGUCCAGCUAUUUUUAAAUGGAGAUGUCUCACUAGGACUAUAUAAGGAACUGAUUACUUUUUUGGAGCAUUUGAUAUUCAUGGGGCUUACAUAGCUGAUGCAAGCGAUCCAUAUAACUUAAAGCAAAUUUAUUUAUUUGUAAAUCCACCAGAUGCUGUUGAUAACAUAUAAAUAUCAUCUGAUUUACGAUAUCUUUACGUGCCUGGACAAUCCAACUAAACAUCAUUUUACGUUUUUGAUAUUUCAAAUAUAACCUAGCCAUAAAUAGCCUUUGAAAUGAAAAAUGAUGUAAUUUAAUUUAAUGAGCAGUUUUUCUUCUCGAAAGAUUAUUAGUACAUUGUGUGUUCCUAUGAAGUAGGAGUCAUUCUCAUUGAUGCCUCUCAACCACCUAGCUUAGUAUUGCUAGAUUUUUGGAGAGCUCUUCCUGAAAUGGCAGGAGAUAAUUUAGGGGCUAUGAUAACAAAUGAUAAUAAAUAUAUUAUUGGCACAGUUGAAAAUUAUGGGUUUUACAUUCUUGAUGCUACUAACAAGACGCAUUUGGUUUUGAAAAACUAGAGCUAGACAUUAGGAGGUGAAGGGAUUAUUCCAUCUUUAUACAACAAUAAUUAUGCAUUUUUAUAUGAUGGCCUAAAUGGAAUAGCUAUUUUAGAUCUCACAGUUUUGCCUGAGAUUAAAUAUUUAAGUCGCAUUUCUGUUCAAGGAUGGGCAAAUUUUAUUUAUCCUAUAAAAAAUGAUGAGUAUCUAUUAGUAGCAGAGGCUGACUCAGGAAUGCUUUCAUUAAUAGACAUAUAAAAUGUAACAGCGCCUAAAUUAAUAUCUUCUUAUGAAUAUAAAUAACAAUCAGCGUAUGGAGUAUGCACUAGUCCAAAUUAAGAAUAUUCUUUUAUCCUUAAUCAACAAGGCACUAUUGUUCUUCCUUUAAAAAGUUAAGUGCUUAUUCACGCAGAAUUCUAAUUAGUAAAUAGCCUAGGAAGCGGCAAGCAGACCUAUACUACGUUAUAAAAAGGCUAAACAUUAUUAGUAGGCCAAAAUAUCUAGUUUAACUUUGUUUUUCUCUACCCGACAGCAGGAAUUAAAAUAGACUCUGUAAAAUAUUAUUUUAAUUUAUAGAUAUAGGAACUUCCUUUCUGGAUAAACUAUGAUUAUAACAAUUAAAUUCUUGUGCUCAAUAUUGACAAAAGUGGUCUUGAUACAAAUCGCUUAACAGAAGCAAACCAAAAUAUAAUUUUACUAAAAGUACUACUACCUGUAUAAGUAAGUUCGUUUCAGUAUAACAACUCUGAUUUCUAAACCUCACCUGAUUAAGCCCAGGCUAUUUAUGAUUACCUUUAAUAAUCGAAUUUAUUAGAUUCUUCCGGAUAUAUAACUCAGAGUUUCGAUGCAGAUAAGAAUCUGCAAUUUUAAUUAAGCGGAAUAAAUAGCUCCAAACUAUUAUUUGAUGCUGUUUUAUUGACACUUUAAAGAAGCUACUAUAUAAACCCUGUUCAAUUUUAUGUAGAAUCUUCUCUCAAAUUAGAUAUUCGUAAUUCAAAAACUCCCAUUCAAACAUUAUCAUAAUAAGUUUAAUUCUACUUAUAAGUUAAAUAAAACGAUGGUAAAUUUGUUAUAUAAAAUUUCUAGGGAGUAAUUUUUUCUACUAACCAGGAGUAGACCUAGUUAAUACUUGAGGGUUCGUUAGCAAACAUAAACUCAGUUUUAUAAUAAAAGAUAAUAUUUGCGAAUCAAACAUCAUGGAAUUCGAUCUCUGUUACCUUUACUCUGAUUGAUGGAGUCAAUUACGAUAUAUCUUAAAUUGCUUUGAUAGCAGAAUGUGUUUUUAUCAAAUAAAAAUUAUAGCUUAAAAAAAAUGUAGAUCUAAGCCUACAACAGCAGUUUAACAGAUAGUAUUCUGAUGCUAUAAUUAAUAUCGAAGAAUAGUUUUCAAUAACCUUUUCUUAGAAAUCUUUCUAAGUGGAUGAUAUUUAAUAGAUAUUCUAUCAAGCAUUCAUUCUGUAACACGAUUAAUACAUUGAGCUAACUUAAAAUGACUGGAUCUUAUUUUAAAAUAGCUCUGGAGUUAUCAACUUUUAAGGGUAGCCUCCAAUUUCAUGCUUCUAAUAAUAAUUCUUAAUUAAGAUAAUAGCAUCUGAUGGAUACACUCAAGACUAUGAUUCAUUUAAAAUAGAUGUGUCAGGUGUUCCAUUUUAAUAUAUUUUUAAUUUGCUACUAAAAGUUCUAGGGCCGAUAUUUGGUUUUUUAGGAUUGUACAAGUACAAAAGUUACUUUUUAAAUUUGCUUUUUAAAGAAAAAGUUAUGUUCUCGAAAGACACAGCAAUCGUAGGCAAACUAUUUUAGAAAAAGAUAGCUGUCUUAGGCGAUGAAAUGGAAAAAAGUUAACUGUUAUUUAAAGGAUUUUUACAAAAAAAUGGGAUAAACUAUAAAAACUAAGUUCGCUAAAAAUAAUCAAGAAAAAGCUUGAGCCAAUAAUAAUAGUAGGAUAUUUUAAAAUUAAAAUUAAAUCAAAAAAUAACAAUUUAAUAAACAGAUAAUUCUCAGAACUAUUUGGAACAUAGAAAAUAAACAAUUCAAAAUUAAUUUAAUGAAAAUAAAUAAAAAUUAGUUAAGAAUGUUCAAUAAAAAUUACAAUAAAAGUUAAAAAAACCAGCAUAAACAAUUGAAAAAUCAAGAAAAUACCAAUUAAAAUAAUAAAUUGAAAAAGAUUACUUGCUAUAAGAUGGCAAUAUAAAUAUCUCAAAAAUAAUUAAAUCCAUCAAAAAGUUUAAUGUUAGUUUCAACCUGAAAGGAAAGUCUUACACUUAUCAAAAUUUCAAGACAGAUUUUAAGGACCCUCAAUCCAAAAUUUUUAAAUCUAUCUAGGCUCUUGCUGCUAGAUAUUUUUUAAAGUUAGAUACUAACUCAUAGGAAGUGUAUAACUACCUAAAAUUUUAUGCCUAAAAUAACUCAUCUUACACUCAAAAUGAUUGGUACAAAUGCUUCGUAAAUUUGAUUGUUACUAGUUAAAGGGAUUCUUUUGGGUUCCCUGUCCCUUUCCCAGAAUGCUAACUUAAUGAAUUGCAGAUAAAUUAAAUAUUAUUAGAUAUUAACCUAUAGUACUCAGUUGAUUUAGUGCAAUAACAAAAUGGGAGUAACAUUAACUUUAAUUUAAUUAGAGAAGUUUUAUUUGCAGAUGCUUUAGGUUUGGUUGAAUAUUCUCCCUCUAUGUUCUCGCCUUGUGUAGGUGAAUCAAUUCAUUUAUUUCCUUAUCAAAUUUAAUCUUUAGAAGUCUUUUAGAAAGUAGCUAAUUAGAAUUGCCUAUCAUUAAAAAAGUUCUUUAAUUUGGACUACGUCAAUUACGGAAUUUCAAAAAAUAUGGCUUUACCUAAUUGGAUUAAAUUUAAUUUGAAAAAUGGGGUAAUCAUUCUUUAAGGAACUCCUUAAUCUUAAGAUAUAGAUAGUAUAUUAAUUAGAAUAAUUGACAUAAAUUAAUAUGUUAUUAAAUAAUUCCAUUUUGAUAUAAUUGAUGAUGUAUCAAUUAACAUAGAAACAGAAGGAGACUAAAUUAUUCUUAAUGAAACUUACUAAAUUAAUGAUGUUACUCCAACUAAUUAUUUAUCUUAAUUAUAAGUAUCCACAAUAGCUUAGCCAGUUAUAAUAAGUAAAUAAAACUAAUUUAUGGAUAAUAAAGCUAAAUUAGUUGUUAAAUAAAAUUUGAAAGACUCAAAGUAGUUGAGUAGCUUUUCAAAUAGUCCUGCUCUUUAGUGUUUUACAAAUUAUUUCACAGAAAACAUCGAAUAAUUGAACGAAUGA